GUGCAUGAGGGCAGAAACUCCCUCCUGAUUGUGACAGGACGGUUCGGGUUUUGAUUCUCCCUGCAGGCUUCAUCUGGGUGUCGACAGUAACUCAUCCUGGUAGUCCGCUGACUGAACUUUGCAGUUGCAGCGGAGGAUCCAAACCAGCAGCUCUUUAGCUCCUGCAGUCGAACCUGCAGGUCUGCAAACCGCUAUCAGCCGCUGGGCGAAGCUCUCCAGGUGCAAAGUUUUCAUGCGUCUGAUUGCGUUCCUGUGUGGUCAUAUGCAUCGCCAUGAAGCACCAAUCCAUUUCCCGCUGGCUGAGCCAACUUGGACUGCCGCAGUACUGCAUGCUGUUGGAACAGGAAUAUGAUGGUGUAGAGGAUCUGCUCCACCUGUCAGAAUACGACCUGCUGGAGCUUGGCGUCCACAAUCACCUCCAUCGCCUCCACCUGCUGACUUCCCUGCACCUCCUGCACGAGCGAGAGAGGAGGAGAGAGUUGAGGAUGAUGGCUGAGGGGCGUUUUGCCAGUCUGCCCAGGUCGCUACAUGCACAUCAUCACACUGUGGGAGGAGGCUCCGCCCACUCUGGAGGCCCCGGCUCCGCCCAUGGCGUCUCCCCCAGAAAACUCAACAUCCCCAUGGAUCUCCAUGGCUCCAACCCCUGCAUCCCUUCAGGUCAGGAGAUUCCUGCUGCAGCCUACCAGUCGGUCUCGCUGCAUGGGACGCUGCCUCGUCGCAGGAGAGGCGGAGCCAACGUCAACCAUAGCAACCAUGCAUGGGACCUGAAGACCAAUCAGACGCAGCCGUUACUUUCCGGGAACGCAUCAGUGGCUGCAGGGCUCGUCCUGCAGCCCGCCGCGUCCUCGCUGGCUCAGAAUAUCAGCGAUGAUUUCAAGAGUUGCAGGGAUCCUGUCGCCGCCCUGGACGCUGCUGUUGACUACGUUAAGUUCUCCAGGGACCAGUUCAUCCUGGACUGUUCGUUGGAGAAGCUCCGCAGAGAGCUGGAGGAGGAGCUGAAGAUGAGCAGCGAGGAGCCCAGGAGUCACGCCUGGUACCACGGCGCGAUUCCCAGACAGGUCGCAGAGAGCCUGGUGCAGCGUGACGGAGACUUCCUGCUGCGGGAUUCGCUCUCCAGCCCAGGGAGCUACGUUCUGACCUGCCAGUGGAGAAACGCCGCGCAGCACUUUAAGAUCAGCAAGAAGAUGGUGAUCCUGAAUGAAGCGUACUCCAGAGUGGAGUAUCUGUUAGAUAAGGAAGGGUUUGACAGCGUUCCUGCACUCAUCAGAUACUAUGUUGGCAACAGGAAACCCGUCUCACAGGUUGUUGGUGCCAUCAUCUUCCAGCCGAUCAACCGAGCGUUCCCGCUGCGCUACUUGGAGGAAAAGUACGGACUGUCGAGCAACCACAAAGAGGCGGGGCUGAUGGUGCAAGAGAGGCGGAGCCAGAACCGCCUUAGCCUCAACAUCACCAACGGUCACGACGGCGCGCACAACGUCCACGACGGCCAUCAUGGCCAGGACAACGGCUUCGUCCGCGGCGCCCAGCUGAGGUUGAAAGAUCGAUGCGGCAGUCAGCCAGCGAGUCUCAAUCAAGUCCAGGAGAAGCGACGUCCCCUGAAGGCGCACCAAUCGGAAAGCUUCCUGCCUCUGGGAACCAAACAGCUGCCCCAGCAGUCCGCGGACCCGCUGCUCACCAGCCCCGGACCAAAGUCUCCGGUGUUUCGGACCGGCAGUGAGCCGGUCCUCAGCCCGUCAGCCCAGCGUAGAUCUGCAGAACCUUUAGCAGGUCAAGCAAUCCGUGGUUCCGACAGCCAGCUGUGUCCCAAGCCGCCUCCCAAACCGAGCAAAGUGCCCCUGACCCGGCUGCCCCUCAUGUCGCCCUCUAGCAGCUCUGGGGAAAACCCGGCUAAUUCCAGGAGGAGUGGAGCUCCGCCUGUUCCUCCUGCGAAGCCCCAGAAAUGUCGACAUUUUCCUCUUACGGAUUCCCGCGGUCCGUCCAGCUGUGUGGUUUCUCCUCCUGCAGUUGUCCAGUGUCCGGACUCGGAGCUGUCGUCAGGAAGGACGGAGCGGCUGAAUCUGAACCCAGCCGACCUCCGGUCCUACAGCCCACCUGAACCGGACCGGGACCGCCAGACUUCGCAGAACCCGUCCACAGCGUGUGGCUACGUGGAGCUGCUGAAAACCGACGGCGAGGCUGCGGGCCGGAAAACGCUCGACAGAAGCUCCUACCACCACGCCAUCGCCGCCUUGGAAAGCACGAGCGAGGAAGAGGAGGAGGAGGAGGAAAAGGCGAGGCGUGGGUUUCUGCGGCCGGUUCUGGAGACGGAGUCGGCCUUCAGGCCGGCGGAGUUCAAAUCACGUCUGCUGCCGCCUGAAAACAAACCGCUGGAGAUGGCGGUGCUGAAGAGAGCGAAGGAGCUGCUGCUCAGCCACGACCACCAGAGCAUCGCCACACACCUGCUGAUGGCCGACUGCCAGGUGGCGCGGAUCCUGGGAGUGACUCCUCAGGUCAAAGGUCGGAUGGGCGUUUGUUCAGGUCUGGAGCUGGUGACGCUGCCGCACGGCCGCCAGCUGAGGCUGGACCUGAUGGAACGGCACCACACCAUGGCGAUAGGCGUCGCCGUGGAUAUUCUGGGAUGCACCGGCACCGUGGAGGAGCGGGCGUCCACCUUGAAUCGCAUCAUCCUGGUUGCCAUGGAGCUGAAGAACGCGGUCGGCGAUCUGUUCGCCUUCACGGCCCUUAUGAAAGCUCUGGACAUGCAGCAGAUCAGCCGCCUGGAGGAAACCUGGACGACUCUACGAAGGAACUACACGCAGACCGCCAUCAGCUACGAGAAAAUCCUCAAACCUUUCUACAAGAGUCUGUAUGAAGGAGAAGCCUCCUCUCUGUCUGUGGUCUGCAUCCCUCUCCUCCUGCCUCUGCUCACCCUGAUGGAGCGACCGUCAACCACGCCCGAAGGGGUGGAGCUCUGGGAAACCAGCGACCAGGGAUGUGACAUCAUGCUGCGUCACCUGGAGGCGGCGCGCAACAUCGCGAACAACGCUCAGAGCUACAUGGCCAACGCAGAGAAGAUCAUAGAAGGGUUUCAGUUUGACGAAGAUCUGCUGGAAGUUUUUAAAACGGACUUCCAGCUGCGGCUGCUUUGGGGGAGCCGCGGAGCAGCCGUCAACCAAUCAGAUCGCUACAACAAGUUCAACCUCAUCCUCACCGCGUUGUCCAGGAAACUGGAGCCUGCGACCAAAACACAGCUCACUAACUAAAGGACUAACUGACUUGGACCCAAAACGGAGCAAAGCUUCAAAUGUUUUGAGCCACAAGCAGCACAAAACAAAACAAAAAGCACGUUGGUUUGUGUUUCAUGUUUUUCUUUCUGUUUAAAGUGAGUUCAGUAAUCAGGUCAGUUUUUAAUCCAGUAUUAAAUAUUUACCACAACAUCUUAGAGACAGAGGAAAUACUGCAUUAAUACCAAAACUAUGAAGAUUUGUUGUAGAGCGACACGUUGAAACAGAAACUGUGGAGCUGAUCACAAAUGUAUGGAGGAGUGAUCCUGCCAAAAUUGGCAAUGACUAUAGAAGUAAAUAAAUGGCUCAGUAAAGUAAUUUUGCCAAAAGUUGCAUCCAAAAAAUAAAAUAUGAAAAUUUUCCCGGCUUAUUUUAUUAUUGUGUGCUAUUAUUUUCAUCAGUAUUAAUUUAACUUUAUGACCAGUAAUUAUAAUUUUCGGUCUUACUUGCAAUCUUAUUGUUUUAUUAGUUUAAUUUAUUUCAUUAUUUAUUUGUUCUUUCUUUAGAUAUUUUUUAAUUUACUGU